CGGCCCGGGCGUGGACGGGGCGGGCGCUGGGGCGGGGCGCGCUCGCGGGUUUGAAUGGAAUGGUCUAGACCCGCGGAGACAGCGGCGAGCGGGUCCUGAAACCAGAACUCCAUUGCCGCCCCGCGCGCCAAGCGGCCAGAGAGGUGUGGUUCCUCUCGCCUGCACUUCGGCCAUGGAGGUGCUGCGGCGCUCUUCUGUCUUCGCUGCGGAGAUCAUGGACGCUUUUGAUCGCUCGCCCACAGACAAGGAGCUGGUGGCCCAGGCCAAGGCACUAGGCCGGGAGUACGUGCACGCGCGGCUUUUGCGCGCCGGCCUCUCCUGGAGCGCACCGGAGCGUGCUUCUCCUGCCCCUGGAGGACGCCUAGCGGAGGUGUGCACCGUGCUGCUGCGCUUGGGGGAUGAGCUGGAGCAGAUUCGCCCCAGUGUGUACCGAAACGUGGCCCGGCAGCUGCACAUCUCUCUACAGUCUGAGCCUGUGGUGACGGACGCCUUCCUUGCUGUGGCAGGCCACAUCUUCUCAGCAGGCAUCACAUGGGGCAAGGUAGUGUCCCUGUACUCGGUGGCUGCAGGGCUGGCAGUGGACUGUGUCCGGCAGGCUCAGCCUGCCAUGGUUCAUGCCCUGGUUGACUGCCUGGGGGAGUUUGUUCGCAAGACCCUGGCGACCUGGCUUCGGAGGCGUGGUGGAUGGACUGAUGUCCUCAAGUGUGUGGUCAGCACAGACCCUGGCUUCCAUUCCCACUGGCUCGUGGCCACGCUCUGCAGUUUUGGCCGCUUCCUGAAGGCUGCAUUCUUCCUGUUGCUGCCAGAGAGAUGAGCUACCCACCAGGGCAGGGGCCACUCCUAGAGCCCCUGGGCCCAAUGCACGGGGCCCGCAGCACCUGCAAAGCACCUUCCUCUCUCAGAUUGGGAGCAUCCGGCCCCCGGGGCCUGUCCCAAACCCCAUUCCUUGUGGACCCCGGUCUCUGGGAGGGCUGAGUGGAGGAGGCCAUCCCAGAGUCUGGAGCUGGCUUCAGUGUCUUCUGUAGCUCUUCUCUUGGGUCAGUACCCAGCCCCGGAGAAAGGAACUGGGGGACACUCACUUGAUGCUCAGGGCCUCACCCCAGGGAGGGAUCUUCCCAGGACACGAGCUGGCCUCGGUCCUUGUGGGAAGCAGGUCCUGUCCAUCUGAUCUGAAGGUGACUCUGGCUAAUGCAGGAGCCAGGGAUGCUUUCUGUCCCUGAAGGCAGAGCAGAAGGCUCCUGUGUGGCUGCUUAGGCUAUUUCUAGAUGAAGAAGGUGUCCCUAACCCACAAUGGGUCCUUCGUGGCAGAGACCAGGGUGUAGGUAGUUCGUUCGUCUGCAGAGAUCCUGUGGAUGAAGUGGUCUGCUUAAGCUGGACCCCAAUAAAGUUUUACCCAGUGGA